AUGACUCACAUCAACCUUACCAUCUUCCACCCUGCAGUUUUUGUCUUACUUGGCAUCCCUGGUUUGGAAGCUUAUCACAUUUGGCUUUCAAUACCCCUUUGCCUCAUGUAUAUCAUGGCAGUCCUGGGGAACAGCAUCCUAAUAGUGGUCAUCAUCACAGAACAUAGCCUUCAUGAGCCCAUGUAUUUCUUCCUUUCCAUGCUGGCCAUCACAGACAUCCUGCUCUCUACCACCACAGUGCCCAAGGCCUUAGGCAUCUUUUGGUUCCAUGCACAUGACAUUCUCUUUGAUGCCUGUGUCACCCAAGUCUUCUUUGUUCAUGUGAUGUUUGUUGGGGAGUCAGCCAUCCUGUUAGCCAUGGCCUUUGACCGCUUUGUGGCCAUUUGUGCCCCGCUGAGAUACACAACAGUGCUGACGUGGCCUGCUGUAAGAAGGAUUGCUCUGGCCGUUGUCACCCGAAGCUUCUGCAUCAUCUUCCCAGUGAUCUUCUUGCUGAAGCGGCUGCCCUUCUGUCGAACAAAUAUCAUCCCCCAUUCCUACUGUGAGCAUAUUGGAGUGGCUCGAUUAGCCUGUGCUGACAUCACUGUUAACAUCUGGUAUGGCUUCUCAGUGCCCAUUGUCAUGGUCAUCUUGGAUGUGAUCCUCAUCGCUGUGUCUUACUCGUUGAUUCUCCGGGCAGUGUUUCGUUUGCCUUCCCAGGAUGCUCGGCACAAGGCCCUCAGCACUUGUGGGUCCCACCUCUGUGUAAUCCUCAUGUUUUAUGUCCCGUCCUUCUUUACCUUAUUGACCCACCGCUUUGGGCGUAACAUUCCUCGACAUGUUCACAUCCUGCUGGCAAAUCUUUAUGUUGUGGUGCCACCAAUGCUCAACCCUAUUGUCUAUGGUGUAAAGACCAAGCAGAUCAGGGAAGGUGUAGCCCACUGGUUUGUUGACAUCAAGACUUGGUGGUGUGCCUCCCCUCUUGGAUAA